AAGGCAGCUGUAUUAGAGUUAGCUGGCGAGAGGAGAGAGGAGAGGCCUUGCUGGGGGCAGAUAGAUAUAACAGAAAAGAUUGGGGUAAUCGAGAGUUGCCAUGGCUGCGUUCGGCGGCGGUCAGGAGGAGAAGGCUCAGCAGCACAUCGCGGACGCUGAGAAAAUCCUCAAGAAGAAGUGGUCGCUUUUCAGCAGCACUACCAAAAACGAGGAUGCUGCUGAGUGCUACGAUAAGGCGGCUCGCUGCUACAAGGUGGCGAGAAACAUGGAGGAAGCGGGCAACUGCUACGAGCUCGCGGCGGAGCAGUACGAGAUCACCAAGAGCGCCCACGAGUCGGCGAGGGCCUACGUUGAAGCCGCCAAGUGCCGCAAGUCCGUAGAGCCAAGCAGCGCCGUUGAUGCAUUCUUGAAGGCGAUUGCCAUCUACAACGAGUCGGGGCGGUUCCAGCAGGCGGGCAAGAUGCUGCAGGAAGUCGGAGAGAUCUACGAGGCGGAAGGAAUGACCGAUGAUGCGGUCAACUCCCUGCAACAGGCUUCAGAAUACCUUGCGGGCGAGGGCUGCGUGUCCCAAUCCAACGCGUGCCUGGUCAAGGUGGCCGGGAUAGUUUCCAAGGACGCCGAAAACCCGAACCUAACCCUCGCUGCGGAGAUCUACGAGAAACUGGGGCGGUCGUGCAUGGAAAAGAAGCUUCUUGCGAUGAACGCCAAGGGCUACUGGCUGCAGGCGGGACUGUGCCUGCUCGCCCAAGGCGACACUGUGGCCGCCCGAAAUAAGCAGAGCGACUUCACAUCGGCGGACUACACUUUCGACGACUCGAGAGAGUACAGAUUCUUGGACCAGUUGAUCCAGGCCUCAGAAGACUUCAACGUGGAGAACUUUUCGCAGCACUGCUUCGACUACGACCAGAUCUCGAAGCUGGACCCUUGGAAAACGAACAUGUGCCUCCGGAUCAAGCGGGUGAUUGAGGCCGCUCACGUCGAAGACGACGAAGAAUUUGAUUUGACGUGAUCGUGUUGCCGAGCCGUCGUGGCUGGCCCUAUUUUGUUCACCUGUGUUCCGGUAUUCCUUGGGUAUGAACAGGGCUGCAGCAGCUGUUGCCUUUCGGUGUUGGUUCGGGUGAUCACGGCCAGUCGUGAUGCCCGCGUGAUCCGUGCAUUGAUCUUGAGGCGUUGUCGAUGGUCAGCCGUCGCCGGGCGACGCCCAUUUCGAAGUUGGACGUUGCGUAUGGAGUACUCUUUACGUAGCUCGCUUGCUUGGUAGCAAGUGAGACAUCUGCUCGCCAGGGUUUUUCGCUCUCAAUAAAGCCGUUACUACGUGAUGGUUGGCAAGGGGCAGCAUGGAAUUAUUCAACGUACGCUGGUUAUUCUUUGUAUAUCUGCGCUAUUGUAGGAUAUGGAGAGGUGUCACCUUGUGAACCUUACCUUUAGACUAGGUUGUGGCCUUACGUUCGAACCCUCCCCCACAAACGAUGCCACGCGUGCGUCGUUUGGUAGCCCGGAGAAACAUAGCGCGAGGCUGACGCACCUGCGAUCCGAAGAUGCGUGCGGUAGGUUGACGUCUUUUGUGCACGUGGAAGCGUUGCGACGGUUGCCUUUGUAUUGUUUUGCGUCGUUCCGUUCCAAGUUUUCUUGCGAGCGCACAGAGGAGAUAAGUAUUCGAGUUCCCCUAUCCUUUUUCUAUUUACGUGAUGCAUUUGUGUUGAGUGCGCCCCAAGGGCAGAUCACCGAUCGAUGGGCCACUCCCUCGCUGACUGACGUACGAACGCGUUGCCUGUGUUGUGUUGUGUUGUGUUGAGUAACUCUCUUUGGGCAUGACAAACCGCGCUUGUUGAUUCAUUUUUGGCGAAGGCUCGCGUUCCUUGUACGUAAGAGGUGGUCCAGCAUCAUGCAGCAAUGGCCACAGAAUAACCCAACAUUAUGGAACUGCUCAGAGCCGUGGCAAGGUGAUGACACGCAGCACAACUCGGGCAUGCAAAAUAUCU